AUGGUGCUAUGCAACGGCUCAAGUCUGAAUAAGAAAGCAACAUUUCGUGUCUAUCUUCAAGAAAUUCUGAGUGGACCGAAUGCAACUCUAUACGAGGUGGCAAGGGCCAACAUUACGUCCGUUUCUCCCACAAACUUCGGCCAAUUUCUAGUUGGCGAUGACUUCGUAACUACUACUCCCGACCCGAACUCAAUGAGAUUGGGCCGAACCCAAGGCUUUGUUGCCUUUUCCGACCUGGAUGAGCUGGCCAUUGCGUUGACGUUCACCUUCAUCUUCACGGACGGACCAUACCGAGGGAGCUCGCUUACCAUCGCGGGCCGGAAGUUGGUAUUGGGGAAGAAUCAGGAAAUUCCGAUCAUCGGGGGCACUGGUGGAUUCCGUUUGGCUCAAGGAUACACCAUUAGCAACCUGGUCGCCUCCACUCCUAUAUCCGUUACUUUCAUGUAUGACUUUUUUGUUGUUUGA